UCAAAAUGGCGGACGAUUUAGAUGAUGAGUGGUGGUUGAAAGGGGAUAAUGCACCACGUGGUCGGUAUUUUUACAUUAUUUACUCCAAAAGUAGAACGAAAUGUUUAUGAAAAUGAAAAGUCCAGUGAUUCAACAGAAGAAAAUCAAAGCCAAUCUGACAAGAAAAUCCAGGAUGUCAAGAGAAAAAAGGCAAAGAAAAGAAAAGCAAAUGAUCAUGAUGGUGAAAAAGAUGAAAUAAAUGGAAAGAAAAAAUUGAAAAAGGUUCCUAAAAUUGAUGAAACACUCGUAAAAUCUGAUGAGGAGAAACCAAAGAAGAAAAAGAAGAAAAAACGAGCACGGAAAAGGAUAUCUGAAGAAAUAUCUGGUAAAACAUUAAAUCCAGCUGAGAAAGAUGAUUUUCUGCAGUUGUUAAAGAAAACAUACGAGGGAAAACUGUCAACAGUUGAAUGGGAUGAAAUCCAGCUGGAAGCUGCAGACUUCCUCAUGAGCAACCCUUCCUCUGAUGGGACAGCGCCGUGUAGUUACUUGCAGUCGGUAGUGCCAGACUGGCCCAGCAUGGUGGCAAGUCAAGACCUGAAGCCAGGGACUCCGUUCAUGUUGAUUAUUGCCAGCUCAGGAGCAAGAGCUGUAGAACUUAACAGGGAUAUUCAGAAAUUCAAGGGCAAAGACUGUAAAUGUGCAAAGCUGUUUGCAAAACAUUUUAAGUUAGCAGAACAAGUGCAGUUUUUGGCCAAGAAAGUCUGUCAUCUCGGCAUUGGCACACCGAAUAGAAUUGGUGCAUUGAUAAAGUCAGGCUCAUUGAAAGUGGACAACUUGAGAUACGUGAUGGUGGACUGGAAUUGGAGGGACAUCAAAUUUAAGAGAAUUAUAGACAUUCCUGAAGUGAAGAAAGACUUGUUGGAGCUGUGCAAGAGCGAGCUGAUUCCACACAUACGAGACAGUUCUUGUAAGAUUGGGAUUCUCUGAUCACACAGGGAUAAUGGACACCCAGUUGUUGAAGAAAGUUUUCAUGUAAAACAAUGACAAAGUCUUCAGUUAUGACCCUGAAAUAAGAUGUUCUCAAGGAUGGAUGUAUUUUCAAAAGUAUAUGAUGAAGGAAACGUGUGUUUUUACAUGAGUGUGAAUUUGAAAAUUGUUACAUCUGUGAAAUGUUUACAGCUCUCUACAAGGUGUCUACAGAUAUUUUGAUGUUGUAGGAAAUACCUAACAUAACAGGAUAAAUAUUUGUUAUAUUUGUGUAUUUUGUGUAACUGUAUGUAUGAGAACCCAACACAACAUGUGAAUUGAUAACCAUAACAGUUAAGUUUGCAGACAAUAAAAUCUUUGCCUUUUUAGCUUAGAGACAUUUAUGGUUGGCAUACAGUCAACUGCCAGAUGAUUUAUAAGCAACGGAACUAUUGCCGACUGCAGAGUAAAAGAACAUACUCCUGUGUGGUCCCAGGUUAGAAUAGGUCCCAGUCACUCUAAUGCUUGUAAAAAUAAUGACAAAAUAAACCCAGGUUAGAAUAGGUCCCCGUCACGUUAUUGCUUGUUUAAAUAAUAACAAGAUAAACCCAGGUUAGUAUAGGUCCCCGUCACGCUAUUGCUUGUAUAAAUAAUAACAAGAUAAACCCAGGUUAGAAUAGGUGCCCCUCACUCUAAUGCUUGUAAAAAUAACACAAUAAACCUAGGUUAGAAUAGGUCUUCGUCACUCUAAUGCUUGUAAAAAUAAUAACACGAUAAACCAACAUAAACCCAGGUUAGAAUAGGUCCCCGUCACGCUAUUGCUUGUAAAAAAUAAUAACAAGAUAAACCCAGGUUAGUAUAGGUCCCUGUCACGCUAUUGCUUGUAAAAAAUAAUAACAAGAUAAACCCAGGUUAGUAUAGGUCCCCGUCACGCUAUUGCUUGUAUAAAUAAUAACAAGAUAAACCCAGGUUAGAAUAGGUCCCCUUCACGCUAUUGCUUGUAUAAAUAAUAACAAGAUAAACCCAGGUUCGAAUAGGUCCCCGUCACUCUAAUGCUUGUAAAAAAUAAUAACACGAUAAACCCAGGUUAGUAUAGGUCCCUGUCACGCUAUUGCUUGUAAAGAAUAAUAACAAGAUAAACCCAGGUUAGAAUAGGUCCCCGUCACGCUAUUGCUUGUAUAAAUAAGAACAAGAUAAACCCAGGUUAGAAUAGUUCCCAGUCACUCUAUUGCUUGUAUAAAUAAUAACAAGUUAAACCCAGGUUAGAAUAGGUCCCCGUCACUCCAAUGCUUGUAAAAAUAAUAACACGAUAAACCCAGGUUAGAAUAGGUCCCCGUCACUCUAAUGCUUGUAAAAAUAAUAACAAGAUAAACCCAGGUUAGAAUAGGUCCCCGUCACUAAAAAAUAAUAACAAGAUAAACCCAGGUUAGUAUAGGUGCCCGUCACGCUAUUGCUUGUAUAAAUAAGAACAAGAUAAACCCAGGUUAGAAUAGUUCCCAGUCACUCUAUUGCUUGUAUAAAUAAUAACAAGUUAAACCCAGGUUAGAAUAGGUCCCCGUCACGCUAUUGCUUGUAUAAAUAAUAACAAGAUAAACCCAGGUUAGAAUAGGUCCCCUUCACGCUAUUGCUUGUAUAAAUAAUAACAAGAUAAACCCAGGUUAGAAUGGGUGCCCCUCACUCUAAUGCUUGUAAAAAUAAUAACAAGAUAAACCCAGGUUAGAAUAGGUCCCCGUCACUCUAAUGCUUGU